CCCGCAAAACACAGGAGCUCACAAAGACAAGAGGUUGCUUUCUAGUGUCCGGCACUGAGUGCUCAAGUCUUCCAAGAUGCUCCACCGGAGUUUGCUUAUUGCUGUUAUACUGACUGCUCUUGCAGUGGUCUUCUCUGCACCAAUUGACAAUGGAGACGGUCCUAAUGCUCAGAUUUUUAUUAUUCUGGAAAAACAAAAUGAUGACUCCUCUAUUGAUGCAGCUGACAUUGUUGAUGCUAUAAAUAAUCACAGCAGACCAGAUGAAGUUUCAAAAGAUUCUGAUAGUGAUGAAAGUGGAAAGAGUGCUUCUGAUGAAAAUGACUCUAAAGAUUCCAACAGUGAUGAAAGUGAAAAGAGUGCUUCUGAUGAAAGUGAACCUAAAGAUUCUGGUAACGAUGAAAAUAACUCUCUGGAUGAAAACAGUUCCCAAGACUCUGAACACCACUCAAAGAGUUCUUCACAUGAAAGCGACAGCCAUGAUUCAGAUAAUGAAGAUGAUGAACACAAUCCAGAAAACAAGGAUUCUGAAGAUGAGGAGAAACACGAAAGGCAUGAUUCUGAAAAAAGUGACUCCCAAGAUGAAGAAGAUGAAGACAAAUCUGACAGCAAUUCUGAAGACAAAAGCGAAUCAUCGGAGUCUGAUUCACACCAAAAACAUGAUGAAAAAGAUGACAGCCACUCUGAUUCCAGCGAUACUGAAGAAGAUAACUCCUCGGAAUCAAAAUCAAAGGACAAAGAAGAUGCCAGUUCUUCAGAAUCAAAUUCACAAGACAAUGAAGAUAAACAAAGCGACUCGGAUUCAAAGAGCAGUGAAAAAGAUGAAAGCUCAUCAGAAUCAAAAUCUGAAGACAAAGAAGAUGACAGUUCUUCAGAAUCAAAUUCACAAGGCAAUGAAGAUAACCAGAGAGACUCGGAUUCAAAGAGCAGUGAAAAAGAUGAAAGCUCAUCAGAAUCAAAAUCUGAAGAAAAACAUGAGCCAUCUAAAGACUCUGGGUCUAAUGAAUCUGAUGAUGUGCACAGUUCUUCUGAAUCAGAUGAAAAUAAAGAUAAGAAAAGCCAGUCCGACUCAGAAAGCCAUGAAGAUAAUGAUCACAGCUCAUCUGAAUCCUCAUCUGAAUCAAAUUCUGAAGAAACACAUGGAAAGAGUUCCCAUCACUCAGAUUCAAAUGACUCAGAAGAUAGUCACCACUCAUCUGAAUCAAAAGACAAAGAAGAUGAUGAUUCCUUAAACACAGAAUCAAAGGGAAGCAGCGAGGAAAGUGACAAAGACUCUGAUUCUAAAGACUCAGAAGAUAGUUCCAGUUCCAAGGAAUCAAAAGAAUCAGAAGAAGACGAUCACAAAGAUUCUGAUUCUAAUGACACAGAAGGCAAUAAAAGCUCCUCUGAAUCAAAAGAUCACACCGAAGAAGAUGAGGACCCAUCAAAAGAAGAAUCUAAGGAUACAGAAGAAAACAGCGAAUCCUCAGAAUCAACAGAAACAAAUGAAAAGAGUUCCAAAGGCUCUGAGGACACAGAAGAAGAUGACUCAUCAAAAUCAGAAUCAAACGAUACUGAAGAGCACGAUGACUCAUCCAAAUCAGAAUCAGAAGAUGGUGAAAAGGAAGCUGAUGAAAAGUCUGAAUCCGAUUCUAAUGAAUCUAAUGCAUCUGAUCAGGAUGACAGCACACCUGAUACUGACUCCAAUAACAGCAGUGACUCCAACGACAAUGUUGACCAUACUGGAAUGGAUGAAAAGCCAUCUGACAAUGUUGACCAUCAAGGAAUGAAUGCAAAGCCAUCUGGUCCCCCUGACCACAGCCCUCCUCCUCAUAGACGAUCCUAGCAAUGAACAGGUUUCUGCUAGAGUCGGUGGAUUGCAAAUGUAGAGAAUGACAUUACUUGGCUAAAACUGGUACUGGGAAAAUGUGACCUAUACGAGGCAAAACCUCAGAGUAACGACAUCUUUUCUUUAGUCCUUAGAUGUGGAUAUUUCCAAGAACCAUUCAAUGGGUUUCAAUAGGGUUGCAAUGAAUUUAAAUUAUUGGGCUGCUGUUUUCCUUUCUGUCAAUUCUAAUCUAUUUUUUAAAUAAAAAUAGAAUUUUAUUACGACUCUGCCAAAGCAUUUGCUAUAAUGUUGCUACCUUCUGUCUUUAUGGAAUGUAACAAUGAAACAUGCACGCUUUCUCUUUGUUCUUUUCUGACAUAUUUAGUAUGAAGGAGUUGAAUGAAGAAUAAAUUUGUGGAAAUACAAUUUUCAGCUACAAGCAAUAAAAAAAAAAUAGAAGCAUAGCUUCUUACGUAGA